CGUAUCCUUCGACUUUUUCGCGAGACUUUAAACUUUUCUCCCGAUAUAAAUAAUUCGACGCAGUUUAGCUGUGAGAAGAUUUAUAGAGAAAAAAAAUCUAAAAACAAGAGUGGAAAACAUUCGGUGCAGUAUAUAGUGCAUUUUUUGAGCAUAUAUAUUGGAAGUACAAAGACCAGAGAUUAUUUGUCAGGUGGGUUUAAUGUGAGAGCUGGAUAACAAAUGUUAUCGCACAAGGACAAGGAGUUUGCGCUAUAAAGGAUUAGGUAUGGCGGAUAGAGAUGCACUUCCCAGACGAUUAUUGCUCUUAUUUGUUUUACUACUAGCCGUUAACUCGAUAAAAUCACGGCAUACUAUUACGAAAAGAAAUUACAGCGAUCAAAGUGUCAAAGGAUAUUUAGCAGAAAGAACAUGUUGGUGGAACGAAGUUUGCAAAGAAGAGUUUCAUAGUAAAUUCCGGUGUCGCUGUCCUAGAUGGUCUUACUGCCGAGCACCAGGAAAAUAUUAUGACGCUCAUUGCAGCAUAACACGUACCGGGUACAUCUGGACCCAGCCCGAAAUGUCUCUUGCCACCGAGGCUGAAAAAUGAAAUAU